AUGAGCAGCCCUCGGCUGCGGCCAGCCGGGCUCGGGCCAUUUCUCCUGCUGUGGCUGCUGCUGCCGCCGGUGCCCGUCCCCAGCGCCGCGGCCCGGAGGGCCCCGGCCCCGCCGCCCUGCCCCGCGGCCUGCGACCCGACGCGCUGCCCCCCGCCGCCGCCCUGCCCGGCGGGGACGGCGCCGCUGCUCGACCGCUGCGGCUGCUGCCGCGAGUGCCCCGCGGCCGAGGGCGAGGCCUGCGGCGGGGCCCGCGGCCGGCCGUGCGCGCCGGGGCUGCGGUGCGCGGCGCGGGCCGGCGCCCGGCUCGGCACCUGCGGCUGCCCCGCGGCGGGCGCGGCCGUGUGCGGGAGCGACGGGCGCACCUACCCCAGCCUGUGCGCGCUCCGCGCCGAGAACCGCGCCGCGCGCCUCCGGGGCGCGCCCCCGGCCGUGCCGGUGCAGAAGGGCGACUGCGGGGAUGCAGGGACCCGAAACGCAGGCCUGUCCCGGAGCAAGUACAACUUCAUCGCCGCGGUGGUGGAGAAGGUGGCGCCGUCCGUGGUCCACCUGCAGCUGUUCCGCAGGUCGCCUCUCAGCAGCAAGGAUGUUCCUGCCUCCAGUGGCUCUGGGUUCAUAGUGUCUGAGGAUGGGCUGAUUAUUACCAACGCUCAUGUCAUCACUAACCAGCAGCGGAUUCAGGUGGAGCUCCAGAGUGGGGCCCAGUAUGAAGCCACCGUCAAGGACGUUGACCAUAAAUUGGAUCUUGCACUGAUUAAGAUUGAGCCAAAUACCGACCUUCCUGUAUUACUACUGGGAAGAUCAUCUGACCUUCGGGCUGGAGAGUUUGUGGUUGCCUUGGGCAGCCCAUUUUCUCUGCAGAACACAGUCACAGCAGGAAUUGUCAGCACUACACAGCGAGGAGGCAAAGAGCUGGGGCUGAAGGAUUCAGAUAUGGACUAUAUCCAGACUGACGCAAUAAUUAAUCACGGGAAUUCUGGGGGACCUCUGGUGAACUUGGAUGGAGAUGUGAUUGGCAUAAAUACAUUGAAGGUGACUGCAGGAAUCUCCUUUGCAAUUCCCUCAGAUAGAAUCAGGCAGUUCUUGGCAGAACACCACGAGCGCCAGUUGAAAGGAAAGGCUCUUUCACAGAAGAAAUAUCUGGGUCUGCGAAUGCUGCCCCUCACUAUGAACCUUCUUCAAGAAAUGAAAAGGCAAGAUCCAGAUUUCCCUGAUGUGAGUUCUGGGGUUUUUGUAUAUGAAGUGAUUCAAGGAACAGCUGCUGAAAGCUCUGGGUUGAGAGACCACGACGUAAUUGUCAGCAUAAAUGGGCAACCUGUUGCUACCACAGCUGAUGUUAUUGAAGCUGUUAAGGACAAUGAUUCCCUUUCUAUCACUGUUCAUCGGGGAAGACAGAUUUUGUUCCUGACGGUCACACCUGAAAUAAUCAAUUAAGUCUUGCUGUAAA